UCUCGUCCUUUCCAACUUCAACAAAGAUUUCAUUGCCUACUGCCGUCCUCUCAACUCCUUCCCAUCUUCACUCCUAUCUCCUCAGACCAACUCCAUUGGCAACAAUACUACUAACCUUUCAUCUCCUCUGGUCACAAACUCCACCUCAUUAUCAACCAAUCCCUCCAGAAUCACGCAUCCAUUUGAACAUGGCUUAUCAGUUCGAUUUCUUCUCUCGACGGUGUGUGUGGGUGAAUGGCCCGAUCAUCGUCGGAGCUGGCCCGUCCGGCCUAGCAGUGGGUGCAUGCCUGAAGGAGCAAGGCGUUCCCUUCGUGAUCCUCGAGCGCUCCGACUGCAUUGCCUCCCUCUGGCAAAAGCGUACUUACGACCGCCUGAAACUCCACCUCCCCAAACAAUUCUGCCAGCUUCCGAAGCUCCCCUUCCCGGAGGACUACCCUGAGUACCCGUCCAAGAAGCAGUUCAUAGACUACUUGGAGUCAUACGCUAAGCACUUCGACAUCAACCCAAGGUUCAACCAGUCAGUUCAGUCCGCGAGGUACGACGAGACGUGCGGAUUAUGGCGUGUAAGGACUGCCGGGUCUGGUGCCGAGGUGGAGUACAUUGGCCGGUGGCUGGUGGUGGCCACCGGCGAGAAUGCCGAACGAGUAGUCCCUGAGCUGGAGGGACUGGGGCAGUUUGGCGGCGAUGUCACGCAUGUCUGUGACUACAAAUCCGGCAGGGCCUACCAGGGCAAGCGGGUAUUGGUGGUCGGAUGCGGCAACUCCGGCAUGGAGGUCUGUCUCGACCUCUGCGACCACAAUGCCUUCCCAUCAAUGGUUGUUCGCGAUUCGGUUCAUGUACUGCCAAGAGAGGCUCUCGGGAAAUCGACGUUCGAGCUGGCUGUUUUCCUGCGGAAGUGGCUGCCACUCUGGCUGGUGGACAGGAUUCUACUGGUACUAGCACGGCUGGUUCUUGGUAACGUAAAGAAGUAUGGUUUGAAGAGGCCUUCCAUUGGUCCUCUGGAGCUUAAGAACACACGAGGGAGGACCCCUGUUUUGGAUAUCGGCGCCCUGGGCAAGAUAAAGUCCGGUGAUAUAAAGGUGGUUCCUGGGAUCAAGAGGUUUAUGCCGGGAAAAGUUGAGCUCGUCGAUGGCCAGAUCCUUGAUGUUGAUUCAGUUAUCUUGGCUACUGGGUACCGAAGCAACGUUCCUCAAUGGCUUCAGGGAACUGACUUCUUCUCUAAAGAUGGAUACCCGAAAGUGCCAUUCCCAAAUGGGUGGAAAGGGAACUCAGGGCUCUAUGCUGUUGGGUUCACAAGGAGAGGGCUCUCUGGUGCCUCCUCAGAUGCUGUGAGGAUAGCAAAGGACAUUGGCAGGGUCUGGAAAGAGGAAACAGAGCCAGCAAAGAGGCACACUGCUUGCCAUAGGAGAUGCAUCUCACAGAUCUAAUGACAUCCCCUUCUGCUGUUCAUUUCCUGUUAAUUUCCUUCCUUUCUUCUUUUCCUCUUCUGGUGAAACUGACCGUAGAGUAGUGUAAAAUAGAGUAAAGUAAGUGCAGAGCCCUCUCUCAAUGGAGCCAGAGUUUUGGACAAAGAUUGGGCCUCUUGUACAGAGAACCGUUGAAGAUGAUGAGGCUUUAUUCCCUUUUGAGAACUUUGUACAACAAUUUCAAAUCUUUUACUUCAGUGGAAAGAGUACAUUUCUUUU